AUGGAGAAGGUCGUUCAGCUCAUGACUCGCCGCCUCGUGCAGCCUACCUCCCCCUUCGCCCACGGCGAACUCGACGAGGAGACGGCGACGAUGAUGAUGAUGGGGACUUCCCCUGGUGAGGGGAGCGAAUGGUCGCCCCAGGACGAUCACAACAGCUUCGAGGCUGGGGAUUUUUCCGUUCGUCGUAUUUUACACGUCGCGGGGCCGCGAAUUAUCGACGCCGCGCGAGGCGUCGUUGGGCGUGCCUUUGCGCGCCACCCGAGCCAUUUCUUCAGCCCCACGACUCUCAUUACGCGGGGGGAGUUAGAGGGGCUUUUGGGCGAGCUGGCCGCAGAUAUGGCGCGUCAGGUGCGGGUAUCCGUGUGGACGAAUUUGCCAUCCUUCCCUCCUCUUCCCAUCCCCGCGGGGGACCCUUUCGUGACCCCGAUGCUCAACGACGGGGCCGAUGAGGUGGUGGAGUUCCCUGCGGGUUCGACCGCGAUACUGGGGCGGAACGGCAAGCUCGUGAGCCCGUACGCGGGCUCGUCCAACAGCUUCGGGUUUGAGAAUCCCUUCGAUGCGUCGCGGCGCCCACAGGUGGAGAUCGACGCGGCUGGCUUUCCGGUUUCUUCGGGAUUCCUGGCGGAUGAGGCGGAACCGAUGGACGCCCUUCAACGGGAGCACCAAAUCAACGCACAAAGUACAGGGUUCUUCCAAGAACUUCUCUGCAGCAUCAGCGUUGAGAAGCUGGUCCUCGAUUAUGCGGCGGAGACGCUCAGACGGAGUUUCCGAGAAAUAUUAGAGAACCUGUCAAAUGUAAAAUCCUACGAUGAGGCUACAGAUUCCGUCAAAGUGCUAAUGUUUAUCGCGUCACUGGAAGCUCCUCGUCAACGGUUGUAUGAUGCUGAGUAUGAUAUUAAGUCCUACUUAAAGUUGUUUUGCGAGGAAACCGUGCGUUCAACAUGUUCACAGUAG